CUUCGGCCGGUCGCGAGUAACCAAAAAAAAAAAUUAAUUUAAUUUAAUACAAAAAAAAACAAUUGAACACUCGACCGGUUUCCACUACACCACGUGCUUCUCUUUUGAUCAUUUUUUUUUUUUUUUUUUUGAUGAUAUGCCCCCCGGUAGUCGUUUGUUUUUUUUUUUGGGGGGGGCCCCCCCGGGACCGCCGCCGGUGUCUUUAAUUAACUUACUAGCGGAUAAGUCGUGGUGAUGUAUGGAGGGUCGUUAUCUCGCCACCCGGACGCACAUCGGACCAAUAAAUCGCACCCCUCCCAGAUGCAUUUUGGACUGAAUAUUGUUUAGAUGGCUGCCGUGACGGACGAGCCUUCGAACCAAGAAGACCGUUCCCGUCCGAACCUGACCCGUUCCAGGAGUCUGCCGCAGUUCUCCCACCACGAUUCGGGCCUGGGCAGUUUCUACGGGGGCUCGGGGGGCGAGGAGGUGCCCGGGUACAAAGGGACCCGCUUCGUGGCCGACCUACGUCAACUGAUUACGCUGAAACAACAUUAUUAUCCCGAGGGAGGCUGGGGCUGGAUGGUACUCUGGACCGCCAUGACGGUGCACGUGUUGGCCAACGGGUUCACGGCAUCGGUGGGGGUUUUCCAGUUGGAAAUCGUCCGGAAGUUCGGUGCCGAUUUCCGCAAACAAACCGAAUGGUUGGGUGCUCUCGCUACCGGAAUUUCCCUGCUGAUUUCCCCCGUGGUGAUCGCCUUCUGCAAGAAAAAGUCCACCAGGGUGACGGCGGUACUGGGCGGACUAAUCCUGGCCCUCGGAUGCCUCUUUACCAGUUUCGCCACCCAGUUUCACCAGUUAAUGUUCAGCUACGGCACAGUGUUGGGCAUAGGAGUGGGAGUGACCAGGGAUUGCGCUAUUCUGAUGGUCGCCCAAUACUUCAAAAGAAGAAGGGAACUGGUGGAGGUGUUUAUCGUAGCGGGAAGCGGUUUGGGCAUAGUCCUGAUGUCCCUAAUGGUCAGGAGCACGAUCAGUUCUUUAGGUUGGCGUCUCGGUUUGCAGACGAUCACCGGCGCCCUGUCCGCCACCUUCUUCCUGGGGAUGUUUUAUCGCUCCGCGUCGCUGUAUCAUCCGCAGAGACGCGCCAUUUUGCACAUCAAGAACCAGAAACGGAAGAUCCGCGAUAAAAAUCGAGCGGACGAUAAAAACACCUUUUUCGACCUGAGCGCGUUGAAAAGCGUCACGGUGAGGAUCCUGCUGGUGUCCACUGCGAUCACCGCGUUCGGCAUUAACACGCCGCUCUUUUGUUUGGCCUAUCAGGCACAGGUGGAAGGUUUAGACGAUUGGGUGAUUUACGUGCAAAUCUACUUGGGUCUGGCCUGGUCCUUAGGUUGUACCAUCUUCAGUGCGUUGGUACUGCACAAAACGAGCGAGUGCAGGAUAGCGAGGCAGUACCUCUGCCAGUCGGCGGUUUUUAUGUGCGGACUCUCGGUACUCGCUUUUACCGUCGUCAAUGACAAUUACCACGCGUACGUCAUGUUCGCCUGGAUCUACGGUUUCUUCUACGGCGGGUACCACUACUCCCUGAAGAUGUACACGUACGAACGCGUACGCGCCCGUCACUUCUCCAGGACGUGGGGCUUUGUGCAGUUCUCCCAAGCGAUCCCCAUCGCCGUGGGAAUCCCCUUGUCAGGAUACCUGAACGACGAGUACGGCAACAGGUCCGGGUACUACUUCAGCUCCGUCUGCACCCUGGUGGGCAGCCUCACCCUCUUCCUCACCGAUUUCCAUCGGUACCGUAUCGCGAAACACAAACACCCGAGGGAAAACGGUACCAGACGUGCGUGUUCGAAUGACGCGUGUCCGCACAUGCGAAAACUCUCUUUUACGCAGGAACCGGAGAACGAGCACGGGGCGUAUGGACACGCGGGGGCGGCGGAAACGGCCGCUUUUGUUUUGGGCGGCGAGGCGGCGGCGGCGGCGGUACAAAAUGGCGGCAGGGGAGACAGCGGGGCGGCCGUGUCCGCCGCCGACAAGGGCGAGUUGACUUGUAUAUCGGAAGAAGGUAUAGCGGAUAUGGACCUGCCGGACGACCUACUGGACGACCUGGACUACAUCGGGGACUGUAUCACCUCCUGUAACAAAGUGGAGAAUUAUCUGAUGCUCAGCGAGUUCGAGAAUAAUCUGUUUGCCGAGAUGCCCUCGAUUCUGGAUCGUAGGGGGCGUAGGUGGUCCUUGGCCGGAUUCGUGCACAGCAAAGAGUGCGAACAGCAUCAGGAACUAAAAAACGGCCGUCGGAAAUCCGGCGGCAGGUGGAACCCGAAGGGGAUCAACGCGGUGGACGAGUCCUCGGUGUAAAUUAAUUAAGUUAAAACAUGUGAAAAAUGCCCUCGAAAGUCAAAAAGUCCCCGGGAAGUUCCCCGGAGAAGAUCAUCAGGAUCACGGUGGUGGGGGACGGGGAUAUCGGGAAAACUUGCCUCCUGAUCGUCUACAAGGACAAGAAGUUCGACGAUCG